CUUGGCCGACUCACAUCUUUACCUUUGAAUUUCCCACGCUAAACAACGAAAAGCCAAAUGUGAGAAAAUUUGCAUGGGUCAGCGUAACUUUGGGCCGAACGUGAUUCAGUAUGACAGCGUACGUUAAGAUCGUCUAACAUGGGACUAGCGGCUUCUAUAUGCAUAAAAGUUCUGCAGCUUAUAGCUACAGUGGCUGGAUUAAUUCUGAAGAGAUGGUCGGACAAAUAUUCCGAACGUGUAUUUACAAUAAAUCAAAAACAGUCCAGAGAAUGGUUGCUCUUGAAUAAUCUUUCAUGGACAAGGGAGGGCGAUGACUUCAGCACCCUAACGUUUGUUGGAUACACCUUUAUCGCAUCAGUUUUGCUCUUGACGAGAAUUAUCGAUGGAGCUUCCAACUAUAGUACCUGCGAAGUUAUUCUACUAACCUGUGGAGUACUGUUCUUCACCGUAGAAGGACUCCUGAAGUUCUUUGCUUUGGAAGAACUGCCCGAAGAACUGACAACUUACGCCUAUUCCCUUGGAGCACUCUCGUUUUUCUGUGCAGCUUUAUUCUCCUUGGACUUAAUGCUGUUUAAAAAUUUGCUUAAAAUCAAAAACUCAAGUGCACAGACGGAUCAGAUAAAGGAAACAGUUGCCUUGAAAGUUUACAAUUUGUCCCAAGAGGCUAAAACCUCUUGUUGCAGCAAUACCCCUCGAACUGAAUUGAUCAAUGAAAUGGAUAGAAAAUACCUUCGAACCGAUUUGUAGAACCCCAAUAUAAAAUACGUUUGUAUAUCUGCAU